AUGUCUAGCUCCGGCAAGGGAUACUCCUACACCAGCUCCGGCACCAACAGCCAGGUAAGCCGUGGAACUCCCGCUCAGUCAUCGGGAUUCUCACCAGCCAGGGUAACCACUACUGCUCCCGCGACUACGGUUCCAGCGCGUCCAACUCCAACAGCUACCAUUACUCGAACAGCGCUAGGCCCCAUCCGGCGAAGCUUGCGACGGUCCGCCGGCGGCCACUGUCAUCACCAGCCAAUCAGCGUGGCGCCUCAUCCGCCCGACGAUGCCACCGAGGAUGACUCAGCCAUCCGCGGGUCCCGCCGACUUCUCAUUGGACCCAAUCGCAGAGAGAGAGGUGACGUUGUGGACAGUCACAAGGGAUGCGGACUGCCCGCGUCGGACUCUCCGCGGGCCAACCUUCUGGCCGAGAAUGUGCGCCUCGAAUUGAAUGUUAACGUCCCUGUCUGCAUCAUGGACCCCCCGCAUAUGUCCAUGCUGAUUCUGGCCGGCGCCGUUUGCCUGGCCCUGUACAUCGUCACUCUCCUGCAGCGCAAAUGGACUCACUACCGCAUCGCCCGGAAGAACCACUGCGAACCUCCCCCGUCCCUGUACAUGAAGGACCCCAUCUUCGGCAUCGACAAUGUCUACACCAGCAUCAAGUGCGCCAGGGAGCAUACCUUCCUCGAACGUGGGUUGGCCAACUUCCGGGAUUACGGCAACACCUUCAGGGCCAAACGCAUCGGCACCCGCAUCAUCGCCACGCGCGACCCGCUGAACGUCAAGACCCUCCUCUCCCUGAAGUUCAAGGACUUCAGUCUGGGCAAUCGCAUUCAUUCCUUCGGUCCCUUGCUCGGUCAUGGCAUCUUCACCACCGACGGCGAACAUUGGGCUCAGUCGCGCGCCAUGAUCCGCCCGAACUUCAGCAAGGACCAGGUCGCGCAUCUGGAAGUCUUCGAGGAGCUGAUGAGCGAUCUGUUGGCGUUGAUCCCGACCGACGGCCGCACCUUUGACCUCCAGGAACUGUUCUUCUGCUACACCAUCGAUUCCGCGACCGAGUUUCUCUUCGGACACAGCGUGCACAGUCUCAAGAAGCGUCGCUCGCCCGUGCCGGAAGAAGACAACGAAUGCGACUUCGCCACCGCCUUCAACUACGCGCAAGACGCUAUCGCCCACAACUCGCGUAUCGGGCAUCUCAGCAAGCUGUUCCCUGACCGUCGCGCCGAGCGUUGCAAUCGUGUCUGUCAUGAGCUGGUCGAGCAGUUUGUCGACAAGGCGCUGCGGUAUCGCGAGCACCAUGACGAGGAAAAGGACGGCGCGGACGACGCCGAUAAGAAAAAGAAAUAUCUCUUCCUGCAGGGUCUGGCGCAGCAAACGGGCGAUCGUAAACGCAUCCGCGACGAGCUGAUGAAUGUCCUGCUGGCGGGACGCGAUACCACCGCUUCAUUACUGAGUAAUAUGUUUUUCAUGCUGGCGAAGCAUCCCCACGUGUGGGCGAAACUGCAGGAGGAGGUCGCCUCGUUGAAUGGACGAGUGCCGACAUACGAGCAGCUGCGCAAUUUGACUUAUCUGAAAUACUGCAUGAACGAAUCGCUUCGCCUGCACCCCGUCGUCCCUGCAAAUAGUCGCGUGGCCGUGACCGACACCAUCCUGCCCGUCGGCGGCGGCCCCAACGGCGAGUCUCCGGUGUUUGUAGCGAAAGGCACGGUCGUCGGCUACAGCACCUACUCGAUGCAUCGACGGGAGGACUUUUAUGGUCCUGACGCGGAGGACUUUCGACCGGAGCGAUGGGCCACGCUGCGUCCGGGGUGGGAAUAUCUGCCGUUUAACGGGGGCCCUCGGAUCUGUGUGGGCCAGCAGUAUGCGUUGACCGAGGCCGGAUACGUGACGGUUCGCUUGGCGCAGCAGUUUUCCGUGCUGGAGAGUCGUGACCCACGGCCGUGGGAGGAAAGCUUGACAUUAACCCUGUGUUCGAGGAAUGGGACCCAGGUUGCUGUGCAUUAG